AUGGAUUUGCGAGAGAGCGCUCUGGGUAAGAUUGACGAUGCUGUCAAGAAGGCCGUCGAGGACUCCAUCAGCGCUGAAGUUCAUUCAAUGGCAAUAGCUAAGUCUUCGAACCCAUCAGCUUGUGGACAUGUAACUCCUCACCUAUUUUCUUUAACAACUUUUGAUACAACAUCUACUCUACCGGACUUUCUCCCGUUAGAAGGGGUAUCAUGGCCAGAUCCAGUUAAGACAGUUUGGAGAACCUUUAAGGCUAACUCUAUUGUUGGUCUGUUUCCAGAACUCUCAAGGGCGUGGAUAACAGUGGACAAUAAACUUCUCUUGUGGAAUUAUAGUACCGGAAGGGAUUUUUUGGUCUAUGAUGAGAUACCUGAGCUUAUUGUUGCUGUUGGAAACCCUAUUAUCCCUACUACUGGUGUCUUCCAGUCUCACAUAACAUUUGUACUUCCUGUUGCGACUCCAAAAACAAUUCAUCUCCUUGGAUUGUGUGUGGUAGGGAAUGAACCAGUGAACAAAACUGAAAUGUAUGUGGUAAGUCUUGGCUUUUCAGUAGUGACCUCUACACUCGUUACGAAAAUUUUAGGGGUAAAUGAAACAGGUCGUAUCUUUACAGCUGGAGCAGAUGGAUGCCUUUAUGAACUAAAAUAUAUGAAAGAAAGUACACCAUUGUUUCCUAAAGUUAGACUUGUAAAUCAUUCACUUUUGUUUGGUGGAAUACCGGUUUUGGGAGCUGUUACUUCGGUUAUGAGUGCAUUAAAACAGACUUGGACUAAGCAGAGAUCACCUCUACGUGACCUUGUGGUGGAUGUGAGGCGUAAUUUUCUCUUUACAUUGGAUGCAGAUAGUAAAAUUUUUCUUUGGAAAAUAACUGAAGAUGGAUUAAAAUUUCUUACAUAUGUGAAGUUUGACAGGAAUUCAUUUGAGCGUCACCGUCAUGCAGAGUGUGCAAUAGAUGAACCUGUUAGUCUUGUCAAGAUAUUUUGUGUGUCACCGUAUGAUGAUAAUUGUUCACUUAUUGCCAUUGCUUCUAACGGUGAUCAGUACCACUACGUUUGUCAAGAAGGAAUAUGGGGUGCUAUUGAUGCUACACUUUCUCAACGUGAAUAUGUACCAUCAUAUAUUUCUUCCGGUCGUGAAGUAAGUGUCUGCUUUGCCUCCGAUGGUAUUGGUAUUUUAUGUCACACAGAGAGAGGAGAUGAGAAUAAUUCUUCUGAUUUUGUGGAUAUUGUGACUUCUCCCAAAGCUAUUUUACCUCCACACAAUAAUUGUCGUGAUAUUGUCGCACAUUUUGAACCAUUGGCAUCACGUAUGGUUAGAGUAGAGGCUAUUGGUGAAGUCCCUCUUAAGAAGGAUACAAGUCCUAAUGAAUUAUGCGUUCAAGUUUUAUGUUCACCGAGACAAUUUGUUUUUGUUCACCGUCAUGGUAUAUCCACUUUUAUGAAAUUACGACCGGUUGAUACACUUCAUAUGAUUUUAUCAUCUUCAGGACACCAAACUAGGGAUAAUCUUCUUCAUCGAUUUUCUUCAAUUUAUAGUCCUUCUGAUUACUGUUGUAUGCUUGUCCAAAUAGCUAUUGGUUGUACAAAUGUUCCAGCUAUAGUAAAUGGACCAUACAUUGAAAAUGGUAUUACUAAUUCUCCAUUUUCUCAGAUAGAGAAAUUACCUGGAAGAACACAAGGACCUCUUUCAAUGGACCAACUUGGUUCUCAACUUAAUGGUGUAACUUCACAAGAAACUCAACGUCUGGCACGUGAAAUACUUCGUACUGCAAUGAUGCCAAGUUGGCAUGAAGGUCCAAGUUCUGGUAGUGUUGCUGCUGAAAGACAAAUUGUGGUACAAGUUUCACCUUUUGCACUUGGUGUUAUGUCCUACGUCGGGAGGGUACUGUACAAUGUGUGGCAAAAAGUAUUGAAACUUCUCCCAUUACAUGAAUUGGCUCUUGUUGAAGUGGCACUUUCUUCAUUAUUGCGACUUCUUAACAUGUUGAAAAAAGAUGUUUGGUCUGAAAACUUGGUUCAACCAACUGUACCUUUUCACUGGGACCAAAGUAAGGUGACACUCACGUUUCCUCUUCAUGGGUCUUCUGUGUCUUCUUUUGACCUUAAAAUGCUUCAAUCUGCAUUUUUGUAUUCAUUACAUUCAUUAUGUGAGCGGGUAUUGCAAGUAAUAAAGUUUGUAAAACAAACAGCUUAUAUUCCACUCACUUUGGAUGAUAGCAAAGUUACUUUUUCUCAAGUUGUAUGUGAUCAAAAUAUUGCCCACCGAUUAGCACGUUAUAUUGGAAGAGUGGUACUCUCUUCUGAAGAAGGUAUCGGUUUUUCACAGCAGGAGAGAAUUAGUCCAAUGACUCAACUUCAACUUGAGUGUCCUUACUUUUUUAACUCUAUUGAUGUUCAAGAAUAUAAGGCACGUAUUGAACUUGAUCAGAUAUUUUCUUCAAGCGAUGAGAGUUUACAUGCAGUUUCAGAGAGUAAGAUGACCGAUUGGGAAUCUUCUGUUUCUCGAAUGGCUGCUUCACUUUGGUCUUCAGGAGCAUUACAGGGUAUUUGUCAUCAACUAAAAGCUCUUAAGAAAGAAGAUACUGCUGUAAGACUACUUCUUCAUGCAUCAGGUCAGUUGGACCCAAAUAAUUCAGCGUUUGAAAUUUAUCUUUCCGAAAGAAGUGGUAAUAAAAGUGAAAAUUUGACUUCCACACUUUAUACUCUUUAUCAAGAAAAAGUAAAAAUACUUGGAACUGUGGUAAGCACUUUAGAAGAUACAUGGAAUACUCAUCGAAGUGUUGUAGAUAAUCUUCUUGGUGGUCCAUUGUGCUCUGGCUCUAUAUGGCAAAUUGAACCUUCAGAUGAAAUGGCACAUUGUUUCUUGUUUGAUUGGAUGUGCGUACCGCGUGAUGAUGCGACCAUGACUCGUAUGCUUAGAGAGACAUUAAUCGCAGUACGUUCUCCUUUUCUUGAGAGUUAUUUACAACGUAAUGUAUCUACAUUGGGAGAACAAUAUGCACAUUAUCUUCGAAAGACAAAGAGGAAUUAUGAUAAAGCUAUUGAAAUUUGUGCUAGUAUAGCCCAAGGGCCUCUUCUAGAAAUACCUAGAGAAGAACGUAUUCCUUACCGACUUCGUUGUUGGUCGGAAGCAAGAGAUUGUGCUGCGGAGUGCAACUCCGAUCAAUUUUCUACUCUGGAUCAACGUGUAAAAUUGAUGGAGGCACAAUUACAACUUUCUAAGGUUAUUUGUGAAUUUAUUAAUAGUGGACUUCCUCAGCUGGACAGACAAAUUGCAAUUGAUGAUCGGGUGGUUUUAACUGAACGUCAAGUGGCAAAUGAACAACUUGAAAUUGUAGAAAAUCAUACACUUUCUACAAGUCAAUUACUUGAAAUUGCAGGUAUGUUUUCUGCAUUGGGUGGAGCAGAAAUUCAGCUAGAUAUUUUGGUUGCUGUAAACGUUACAGAUGCAUCAUAUUACGCCGCAUGUGUUGAACGAGCCUUUCAGCAACGUAACACGACUAUUGAAGAAAUGGCACGACGAAUUCUAAGUAAAUGUGCUCAAGCGAUCGCUUUUCCAUUAACUCAUGUAGCGAAAAUACUUGAAGCUUAUGCAUUUCUUCAAUCACCUGAUGGGUCUACACUGACAGUGGAUAUUUUAAGCGAUUGUGGCGUGGAACGCAGUAUCAUUUUUUCCACAAUUUUAACUAUCCUUGAGAAAAAAGAUACCAUUGGUGUUCCUUGCAAAAUAUUUGAUCAAGCUGUGGUUACAGAUGCUUUUCUGGUACAUUCAUUAGCUACUGCCCUUCAUCGAGCCGUAUUUGCUCCACACGUAGGGUCAGUACAAUUACAUUUUUUGAAUACUGCUCUCAAUACUCUUCGCGAAAGCAUUAGUAGAGUCGCAUAUGGUCCAGGUGAUGAACACAGUUCAAGAGCCUUAAUAGCAGCAGAGAGGAUACUAGAACAGUGUCACCUUGCUUCUGGUCGCUUAAUCUCGAGGUUUGGUUACUAA